AUGCAGUUCUCAGGGCUCUUUAAUCUGAGAAACGGCAUCCGUUUUACUCAGAUGCCCAAGGAAGACCCGGAUAGUCAGCAUGAUGACGAUGAAAAAUUAUUGCCGUAUAAUGAAAACUACCCCCAAAGAAGCGAAGGCCGUUGGCUGCUUCUUGCAUACUUCAUAUCCAUAAUUGGUAUUGCCAUCUUCUCCAGUGCAGGGGGAUAUUAUCUGGGUAGGAACGCCCAGGGGGGCCCUGGCCCGGAUCCUGUCUUUGAGGAUUGGAGUAAAUCUUCUUCAUCCUCUGGCAUUGGAACCUCCUCCGGCUGCAUCCAGCAGGCAUCGCAUGACAAAUACACGGCUGGACUUCUCGUACCUGCUGGCGACAUUGACGGCCAUCUCAUCUGGAACGGCACAUUUUCCCAUUUGCAACCGUCCCCACAAAGCUACUUGGAGGCCUGGCGAGGUCUGUUUCCCUUACACAAUACCGUCGGUGGAAUAGUUCAGCAUCCCACUCUUGCCCCAAAUGGCUCUGCUCUGGCAGUCUUUCACCAACUCCAUUGUCUCAUGAACCUCCAGAAUACGCUAUACCAAGCCAUCGCUGAGCCAGGAUCUCGAAAUUGGACAGCUAUUCCAUACCACACCGAGCAAUGCAUUGACUACCUUACGCAAGGUAUUCUGUGCAAUGCAGACACGAACCUAGAACCAAUUGACCCAUCGCUGUACGGGCAUAACACCUCUAUUCCCCGGAAGUGCAGAGACAUAAAGUCAGUCUACGAUUUUGUUCGCCGGUGGCAGAUACAAAUGACAUCAGAGCAGCUGGAGGUCGUAUUACAUGCCCAUAGAAUGCUGGAACAAACUGUCUAUAUUUCAGGGCAUGAUUCAGACCACCUGUGAGGGAAGUCCCAGAGAUAUUAAGAAUGUAAUGAUGGUGAGCAGCAAGGCAAUUUGGUUGCGGAGAAGUAGGCUGGCCAGACUGUCAGAUGCAGUCUGCAUCUGACAGUCUGUACUCAAUCUUGCAAGAAAUGGUAUAUAUGUUAUCUUCUGGCCACAAGAUUGAAUAAUUC